AUGACGGAGAACAUGGGAUGUGGGCACCGCUACAGGCAGGUGGGAAGAGAGAACCACCCAAGCUCUCUCCGCACGUUUCCACUUCGGCGCAGAGGUGAUGCUUCCUCAGUCCACCUGCGGAAGGAGGUGGCUGUGCUCUGUCUGAAGACAGCAAUGGAUCUUCCCGCCUCUUCCGGGGACUGGAAGGACCGAGUGAGGCAAUCCGUGCAAACAGCUGACUCAGAGUUGAUAGCGUCAUUUUCUGAUAAAGCGAGUGUAGGGCGAAUACAAGUGAAAGAGGACCGGUUCAAUGACAGCGCCGUGCCCGACAUUUCGGAAUGCCUUGGCUGUCCCCUGGCUUAUCUGGGACAGAGUGUUUGUGUUUUGCAAAUCAGCCGGUAAUUUUUCCCCACGUGCCUGCCAUGCGUGUUCCUGGUGUGAACAGAGAGAGAUGGGAGGAGAGAGAGAGAAUCCCAAGCAGGCUCUGGCCCCCCAGUGAGCUGUUCAGGGAAGUCCAGAAGGCUGCAAAGCUGGCCAAGCCUUGCCAGGUGGCCGUAGAGAGUCCGCCCCAGUCCCUACAAGGGGAGCUGGAGCCCAUCCAUCCAGGCAGCGCCUGAACCAGAUCCAGGCGACUGGGCCAAGUCCCCGAGGCUGUCCCUGGGACCAGAAGGUGUAACCAGAGGGAAGCAUGGAUUUAAAUUCCAGGGCAUGUGACAAAAGCUUACCGUAUCUGAGAAGGAGCCGAAAAUGACUUUUUAUGAAUGCUUGAAGGACACUGUCUUACAGUGA